AUUAAAAGCAGAGAAGGGAACGAGGGUUUCAGUCUCCCUGAAGAAAAGUGAAAGGAGCCUUAAGAAACAAAGAAGCCGUUUCCUUUCGUUCCUCUCACUUACAUUCAAACAAACAUUUGAAACCUUAGCUAUGCCUAAAUCGAAGCGAGACAGACCAGUGACUUUGUCCAAGACGAAGAAGAAAGGAAGAGAUCAUAAGGAGACUAUUGUGAAUGCAAUUAGGGAGUCUGUUGAAAAAUAUUCCUCUGUCUAUGUUUUCUCUUUUGAAAACAUGAGAAAUAUCAAAUUCAAUGAGUUUAGACAGCAGUUUAUGCACAAUGGAAGGUUCUUCCUUGGUUCGAAUAAAGUUAUGCAGGUUGCUCUUGGUCGCUCGGCUUCUGAUGAAAUCCGUUCUGGUCUCUACAAAGUCUCCAAGUUGAUUAAUGGUAAUGCUGGACUUCUUGCUACUGAUAUGCCAAAGGAAGAGGUGGAAAGCUUAUUUAAUGCUUAUGAGGAUGCAUACUUUUCAAAGACCGGAAGAAUUGCAGCAGAAACGGUUGAAUUGAAGGAAGGUCCUCUAGAACAGUUCACACAUGAUAUGGAACCGUUUCUUCGGAAGCAGAAGAUGCCCGUUCGACUAAACAAAGGUACUGUGGAGUUGAUCUCUGACUUUGUAGUUUGUGAAGAAGGAAAACCUCUUUCGCCAGAAUCAGCCCACAUUUUGCGUCUGCUGGGAAAGAAACUGUCUACUUUCAAGCUGACCUUGGUCUGCAGAUGGAGCCCUAUUGACUUUGAGCUUUACCAAGAAGGUUUGGAUCUCUCAGACGUAGAGACCUCUUAGAAAGCCAAGUUUAUGACUCGAACUCCUUUAAAGUUUUUUCUUAAUAUCGCACUAUCAACCUGGAUUCUUAAACUGUGGCACUGUGUUUGCAUUCGAAUGUUUUUAUGUCAAAGUUUUGUUGCUUUACAUGUUUGUAGAAUACCAAACUUAUCUUCAAGAUUUCCAUAUUCUAGUAUUUGUUACUGAA